UAGUAGCAUUUCGAAUAAAUUUAGUGCUCUGUCAAUAUCUUCAAAAUCAAAACCGCAAGUUUCUUUAAAACAAAGAGUGUCUAGUUCAAAAAAGAAAUUUUCUUUAUCGCAGCGGAAAAAAGCAGAUACUACAAAGCUAAGUGUAUCACCUUCAGAACAGCCGUCACAGCGCCCAAUCUCUUUGACUGCGAGUAAGGCCACUCAACCUCCAAAAGAAAAAACUACUAUAAAAAGGCCUGCGUCUACAACUGCUUUGCGUUCAAACCCUGCUAGAGUUUCUGCUGCCUCUCUUUUUUCCAAAAAAAAAUUACCUUUAAUCACUGACGACUCACCACCUAGCCAUACUCCUACUCUCACCAUAACUACUGAUAUGGUAUCUGAGCCUUCUUCAUCAUGUGAAUCUUCUCCGCAAGCAUCGAGUAAAGCAACUACUCCAACAAUACGUUCCUCCUCAACCACUUCUUUAUCGUCCGAUAUUGAUGACAAUCAUUUGGAUAUCACUGCGUUCCUUGCUGCACCACGUCUAACACAGCGUGUGAGAUUAAGUUCGGGAAGGGUAGUUAGCUUUUCUGAAGUUGGUGAUAGAACUGGUUUUCCAGUGUUUGUAUUCCUGGGUAUGGGUUGUGUUAGGUAUUUUAUUGCCUUUUUUGAUGAUUUGGCAACAAGUUACGGUUUGCGAUUGAUAUGUCCUGAUCGUCCUGGUAUUGGACUCUCGGAUGAUGUAAAGUCUGAUGAUCAAGAAGUAUUAAAAUGGCCAGGUAAUAAAUUUUAG